AAUGGCAGCCUCAUUUAUUACCGAAUAAUGGUCAUUUGAGAAGAAUCGGCAAUGAAAUUCUCUACACCUAAAUUAAUUAGCGCAUUGCCCGUGGCGCAGUCUAUCAUCUCGAGAUGACGCCCAAUAAUUUCAUAGCAUACCACUAGAGGCGUCAAAAUAACCGUCGCACCGACAAUUAUGAUGAUAAGAUGCGCCCCCUUUUUUGACGUCCUUGUACCCCCUUCAGGUCGAGCUACGCUUACCGCGAACAGCCUAGUCAUCAUGAAUCAUAAUGAAUCAGUCUGACGCGAUUCCACGUGAUGAUACAGACUCGAAAGUUGCUAUAGUCAUAUAAGCUGGCAAAAUAACGUCAAAAAAGGGGUAAAUUCGUCAGUAUAGUUGUUAAGAGAGUGCACCAAGUAUUUUGAGGUUAUCCUGAUUAUUAUUCUGAUUGGCUACGAGCUACGGAGCUUGUUCCCCCUUUAUCCUCAUCCGCCAUGACUACAUCUCUCAAGCCCUCCAAAACCAUGGACUUCUACGACAUUGCUAUGAGCCCACCAGCGUCAGUGAACCCCUGGAAGGCUCGAUUAGCGCUGAACUUCAAAAACAUUGCGCACAAGACUAUAUGGGUUCCCCUUCCCGAUAUUGGGAAAGUUCGUCAGGGUCUUGGCGUGCCAGCUUGUCGCAAACUUGCCGAUGGCAAUGACUUCUUUACACUUCCUAUCUUGGUUGAUCCUAAUACCAACUCGAAAAUUGGCGACUCGUUCGAUAUUGCCGUCUAUCUGCAAAAGACUUACCCGGACUCAGGUGCCGGUGAUCUGUUCCCCCCUCAGGAGAUCGACUAUACCUUCGAUCAAGACCUUCCCCCUUGGGCGCCACCACUAUCUGCACGGAAAGAGGGUGAGCAUGACGAGUACUCCAAGUUUAAUAUGCAUAUCGACAGAGCAUUCAGUGCCUAUGUUGGCCUCAUGGGGUUCUUCCUCCCCUUCGACUCACAAGCGAGCAAGGAUGAACUCGUUCGUCGCGCUGGUGUAAAAUCUUGGGACGAUUUCGAGAUAAAAGGCGAAGCGCGGGAGAAAAUGAAAGAGUAUUUCCGCGUUAUGCUUGGGGACCUUGCGGAGCUAUUUUCAAGGAACGCCACGGGGCCUUUCAUUCUAGGUAAACAGGCCAACUAUGCCGACCUAAUCAUCGGCGGAUGGUUAUACAUGAUGCAUGGCACUCUCCCAGACAAUGAAUGGCAGGAGGUCAGGAGUUGUCACGGAGGGACCUUCGGACAUUUGUAUGAUGAGUUACAAAGGUAUGCAGAAGUGAAGUAGAUUUUACUAUCAUGCGACAGAACCCAACACUGCUACGUAUUACUAGUAGGAUAUGCCAUACUCUGCAGGAGAUACCAACUCCUUUUCAGUACCGGAC